CAAAAAUCAAAAUGGCUAAAGAUUUGCAUGUAGCUCUGGUUCCAUAUGCAGGCCUUGGCCACUUGGUUCCAUUCUUCCAUCUCUCUCUUGCCUUAGCCAAAGCUGGAAUCCGUGUCUCCUUAAUUUCUACCACUAGAAACAUCCAAAGACUCCCCAAACUACCAUCAGAACUAUCUACUUUCAUAAACUUGGUAGCAUUUCCGAUGCCAGUAUUGGUCGGCGGUUCCUUGCCGGAGGGUGCCGAGGCCACCUUCGACAUUUCUUUAGAUAAAGAGAAGGACUUAAGGGCUGCGUAUGAUCUCUUGUGUCAUCCCUUUAAGCAAUUCAUCGCCAAUGAAUCACCCAAUUGGAUAGGCGUUGAUAUCUUUCCUAAUUGGGCGAUUGAAAUUGCCGACAAUUUCCAUAUUCCUGUUUUCUGCUUUUCUGUCAUCUCUGCCGCCACCAUGGUCUUUAACGGACCACCGGAGUGUAUGACGGGAGAUGGCUUAAAGAAGGUACGUCCGUCGCCGGAAUCUCUGACAUCACCACCUCCGUGGGUCAAUUUUCCAUCAUCCGUUGCAGUCCGGCGUGGCCCUGAAGCCAAUGCCUAUUAUUAUCUAUUUUUCAAUGGAGGGAUGGGUGAACGAGUGGGUAAAAUCCUAAAAAGUUGCAAGGUCGUGGCCAUUCGUAGUUGCAAGGAAAUUGAAGGUGAGUAUUUAGAAGUACUUAGCAAGAUAUUGCAGAAGCCAGUUAUUCCUGUGGGGUGGUUAUUUCCACCGAAUCAGCCACGGGGAAGGGAUUAUGGUGAGGAGUGGCUUAAAACAUUUAAUUGGCUUGAUCAACAAAAACCCAAAUCUGUUGUGUUUGUAGGGUUUGGAAGUACAUGUAAAUUAAGCAAAGAUCAAGUUCAUGAGAUAGCUUAUGGAUUAGAGCUUUCUAAUCUGCCAUUCUUAUGGUCACUCAUCAUCAAACCAGAUGAACAGGAGGACAUUUUACCUCCAAGCUUCAUAAACAACACAGCCGGCCGAGGUUUGGUGUGCAGGGGAUGGGCUCCUCAAGUGGAGAUUCUGGCCAAUCCUGCCAUUGGAGGAUCUUUGUUCCAUGCUGGUUGGGGUUCUUUCAUAGAGAAUCUCCUCUAUGCUCAUCGUCUCAUUGUCAUGCCCAUGGUUUAUGAUCAAAUUUUCAAUGCAAGGUUGUUGGUGGACAAGGGUUUGGCUGUCCAAGUUGAACAAAAUGAAGAUGGGUUGUUUACUAGGCAUGCCAUUGCUGUGUCUCUGAGGCAAGCCAUGGUCUCAGAAGAAGGGAACCAGAUAGGCCUCAAAGCAGCAGAAGCUGCUGCUGCUGCUGCUGUUGUCAACCAUCCGACCCUGCAUCAAGGGCACUACAUAAUUGAGUUUGUUCAGUAUCUGAAGAAUGGGAUUGCAACACAAAAUUGAUCCUC